AUGGAGGUCGACAACAUGUUCUCCACUGGACGCAAUAAGCCGCAUUCCCAGAGGAAGCGAAUGCUGAGCAACAUCUAUAGCAAGUCUCAUGUCACGGCAAGCGAGGCACUGCUCGGCCAGACGUCUGCCAUUAUGUACAAGCGCUUUCUGCCGUAUCUGGAGACAACGUUCGCCGAGUCUGAGAAGGGUGUCCUGAACGUCUACGCACUACUCAGCGCGACCACGAUGGACAUUGUGACGUGCUUCAUCUUCGGGCUCAAGGCAGGCUCGAACCUAAUCGAUGACCGAAAGCAGCUUGCGUGGUUUCUUGAUUUGUACAACUCGCGUCGAUCCUACAACUUCUGGCCGCAGGAGUUCCCACGAUUUACUAGCUUUGUGGAGAAGUGGCUUGGCUACCGAUUGACACCGAAGUGGGUCGAUGAGGCGAACGGUGAGAUCGAGAGGUGGACGGUGAGGAUGUGCGACGAUGCUAGUGCUGUCUCGAGCGCAGGCGAUGCACAGAUCGAGGAUCGACCUGUGGUGUGGCAGCAGCUCCAAAACACCAUGACAAAAGCCGCGAAGGAGGGUGGGGAGAGCGCACUACAGACUCAAAUUGCGAGCGAGGUGCUGGACCAUCUUGCGGCCGGGUUCGAUACGUCCGGGAUAACACUGGCCUACGUCGUCCACGAGGUCUCGCGACAUCCGGGAAUCCAGGCCCGUCUUCGCGCUGAGCUGCUUGGUCUCUCGCCGCAGCUUAUCCCGUCAUCAGCGCCGACACUGCCUGAUGCUAAGGCUGUAGACAGCCUACCAUUCCUCCAUGCCGUCAUAUGGGAGACCCUGCGUCUUCAUUCGGCCAUUCCGGGCCCCCAGCCACGCUUCACGCCGCCGCAAGGCUGUCAACUUGGGCCUGAAGAGGCUUCGUACCACAUUCCUAGUGGAGUAAGGGUGAGCGCAAGCGCGGGCCUAUUGCACCUCAACGAGGAAGUGUUCGAGCGCGCAAACGAGUGGAGGCCAGAGCGAUGGCUGGACAUGGACAGGCUAGACGAGGAGAAGCGGAGGGAUAUGGAGAGCCGGUGGUUUUGGGCCUUUGGAAGGUCAGUACUACUUCUCGAAGCACGUUGA